UUAGGCCUUCAAGUUUCGUACGACUCUUUCUCUCUCCUCCCAGUGCUCGGUGGUUUCCUUAUUUUCUGCGCAUUUUUACUUGUUCAUUCAUUUUUCUCUUUCACUUACUUCCCAGAAAAUUUUUCACAGCAGAGAGAAACUAGAGAGAGAAACCUCAACUAUGUCGGCGCUUCAGUACUUGGAUACUCUCAGAAGCGCGCAUCCUGAGCUCGCUGAAUGGUACAAUACUCUCGCAGAUCUGUACCAGAAGAAGUUAUGGCAUCAGCUUACUCUCGAGCUUGAGAAGUUCGUCGCACUCGCGGUUUUCCAGGCCGGUGAUGCCCUGAUACAGUUAUAUCACAAUUUCAUCACAGACUUUGAGACAAAGAUAAAUCUCCUUAAGCUUGCUCAUUUUGCUGUCAUAGUAUCUCGACAGUAUGCGGAGAAAGAAGCAGCUAUUGGUUAUCUUGAAGGAGUGAUUGAAAAGCUUCAGGCUACACGAGAAUCACGUAUAGAGGAGCCUGUCCUCUAUAUAAAGAUGCAGAUGGCUUUGUUUAAGCUUGAGCAAGGGGAACAAAAAGAAUGCAAGAAGAUAUUGGAAGAUGGAAAAACCACACUUGACAGUAUGACCGAUAUUGAUCCAUCAGUUUAUGCUAGUUUUUAUUGGGUCUCAUCUCAGUACCAUAAAGCACGCCAGGAGUUUGCUGAGUUCUACAAGAAUGCUCUCCUUUAUCUUGCUUACACAUCAGUGGAGUCUCUAUCUGAAUCAUUCAAGCUGGACUUGGCUUUUGAUCUUUCAUUGUCUGCUCUGUUGGGAGAGAAUAUCUACAACUUUGGGGAGCUUCUUGCCCAUCCAAUUUUAAAGUCUCUUCUUGGGACAAAGGUUGAGUGGCUUUACUAUAUUCUGCAAGCAUUUAACACCGGCGACCUGAUUCGGUAUCAAGAACUAUGCAAUGUGCACAAAGAUGCUUUGAAUGCACAACCAGCUUUGGUUGCUAAUGAAAGGAAACUUUUGGAGAAGAUUAAUAUUCUCUGCUUGAUGGAAAUCAUCUUCAACCGACCUGCAGAAGACAGGACAAUUCCCUUGAAGGUCAUCGCAGAGCGCACUAGGCUGUCUAUUGAAGAUGUUGAGUAUCUUCUCAUGAAGAGCCUCUCUGUUCAUCUUAUUGAGGGGAUCAUUGAUCAAGUUGAGGGGACAGUUCAUGUAUCCUGGGUGCAACCGAGAGUUUUAGGGAUUCCACAAAUCACGUCCUUGCGUGACAGGCUGGAUAGUUGGUUGGGCAAAGUACACACUGCCUUAUUAUCCGUUGAGGCUGAAACACCAGAUCUAGUUGCUUCGUAAUUUUUAGGUUCUCAUAUUUGUCUCCUGUAACGGAUACUUAGUGCACGAACAGAUGGGAAAGGAUGCCUAUUAUUAGAGAGUGACAGAGGUUAUCUGGGCUUAAACUUUUGUAUGCAUCUUUUCAAGUGUUUUGUUCGUCGGUCUUGAUUCAUUUUUCCUGGAGCAAAUCUUUCUCCUUGUACUUCCUCUAUUUGAGGUGUUUGAUCUGCUUAAUGAGACUAAGAGAGGGGGUUGAAUCAUUUCAAGCACAUCUCAAAUGUGCUUUCAUAGUGUUUAAAUAUUAGUAUGUACUUCAGGUUCUCAACUUCUAUUGAACAACUGUCAUUCACAUUUGAGGUGAUGGCUUUUCUGCUCGUUGCAACAGUAUAAUCUCAUCUUCGGUGCUUGUGUUUAGUCAUUAACAAUAUAUUAUCUUGGUUUGCUUUACCAGCUAAA